AUGCCGCCCGCUGAUGCCAUCCGUUCUCGCACGGAAACACCGGCCAAGUCGAGCCCCUCGGGUGCUGCAGCGACUAGUGCGACCGCUCGCUCCGGAUCGACCGCGACGAGACGACGCAGCUCGAGCACUCGUUCGACCGCCGCCUCCGCGUCGUCCGAGCGCACACACAACAACAGUCCCGCGACCGAUCGCAAGCGGGCCGUCACCGCAGACGACAUGCAUCACGAGUACGAGUUUGGAGGUCCGGUCGGCGUCAUGGCCAUGAUGACGCUGUUCCCGUGCCUGUUCUACUACCUAUACGUGUGCCUCUACUUCUAUGAUGGUCAGUUCGAUCGUGCCCGAUGCGAGGCGCACUCCACCUCGACGCCGUGCAGUCGUAGAGCUCGGCCUUCCUUUCGGUGUCGUAAGGGCGAGUCGCCUCGGUGCUAACAAGCUCGAUCUGGACCCCGUGCAGGCAGACUCGCUAGGCCAGUCGAUCCUUCGACUCUCACCGGACCCGGAGGGUGGAUCGACUUUGUCAAGCUCGUGUUCCGUCUGGUCGUGACGGUCAGUCCUCCGCACUGUUUGGUUCGAGCGCGCGCGGGCAUCCAUCGCCUCUCGCCGAACCAACCCUCCGGAUUUGCCAUCUUCAUGGACUGAAUCGUCUCCUCUUUCUUGACUGGGCACUUCUUUCGCAUGAAUCCCACAGCAUGCCGCACCGACGCGCAAGGCCACGACCUUGUACUUCUCCCUCAUCUCGCUGCAACUCUUGCUCGCCUUGAUCAUGCCCGGUGUGCAGCAACGCGGUCUCCCCGUUUCGUCGCUCGGAGGCAAAACUCUGGUCUACAGUUGCAACGCCUACACCUCGCUUUACGCCACUAUCGCCAUCGUCGGAGCGUUGCACUACACGCGCGUUUUCAACCUCGCCGACAUCAUCGACCUCUACGGGCCCCUCUUCACUAUUGCCCAAUUGAGUGGCUUUGGUCUCGCCGCAAUCGUUUACAUCACCGGCGAGCGAUACCGCAUGAGCGGCAACAUAAUUUACGACUACUUCAUGGGCUCGAGCUUGAACCCGAGGCUGGGUUCCGUCGACCUCAAAAUGUGAGCACUCUGGUGGUCGUUAGAACAGUUUCCGACGACGCACUGACGGUCCCAUUCUCGACAUAGGUGGGCCGAAAUCCGCGUGUCGUGGAUGUUGCUCUUUGCGAUCGCCAUGGCGGCUUGCGCCAAGCAGUACCAGACCUAUGGUUACGUUUCGGCCAACACGGCACUCUUUGCCUGGGGAACUGGCUUGUACCUGAACGCCUGCGCAAAGGUAUGUCGAGGAUGCACGGGUGCUCGUGGCGUUUCGAAAGCUGAUCGUCUGUCUGGUGCUGGGUACUCUACAGGGCGAGCAAUACAUACCCCAGACAUGGGGUAAGUCGUGAACGCGCCCACACUGUUGUAGCACUGAGGAACUAAUCCGUGACACUUCGCUUGCCUUUCCCAGACAUGAACUAUGAGAAGGCGAGUGUUCAAUCAUUUGAGCCUUCGCACUAAUACUGAUUGGCCUCUUUUAUGUCCACAGUUCGGAUGGUUGCUCUCCUAUUGGAACCUUGCGGGUGUCCCCUUCUCCUACGCGUACUCGGCGAUCUACAUGGCGACGCACGACCCCAAGACCUACUCGUACCCGACGUGGUUCGUCGUACAGCUCUUCAUCUUGUUGACCGUCUCGCACGGCUUGUAAGUCACUACAGCACGGCAUCCUCCAUCACGUGGGAUGGCCGAAACUCAUAUCCAAGCUUCAUGCAUAGAUUCGACGUAGCGAUGGGACAAAAGUCGUAUUUCAAGGCCAAGCAGACCAACACCUUCAUCAAACGCUAUACGUUCCCGCAAAUUCCCGGUACCGAGAUCGAGAACCCCAAGACGAUGAAGACCAUCACCGGCACCGACUUGUUGAUCGAUGGCUUGUGGGGUAUCCUCAGGAAGCCGAGUGAGCACGACCUCUCUUGUAAGAACCAUACCACCCUUUUAUCGGGAUUUUGACCUCCUAUCCGUUUGUGCUGUACCAGAUUACACGUUCGACUGGUUCCAAGCCGUGGUCUGGGGUCUUUCGGCCGGUCAAGGCUCCGCGAUCCCUUACUUCUACCCUCUGUUCCAUAUUACGAUGCUGUUGCACCGCAACGCGAGGGACAAUGCGAAAUGCGCGCGCAAGUAUGGCAAGAGUUGGAUCGAGUACAAGCAAAAGGUGCCGUAUACGUGAGUUAGGCUCGAGCUUUUCUCGUUAACGGGAAUAGGAAGUGGCUGAUUCCUCCACUCGCCUUGCCGCCCGCUCGCCAACAGAUACAUCCCUUACGUGUACUAG